GGACACUUGAGUUGUUUCUACCUUUUGGCUAUUGUAAAUAAUGGUGCUAUGAACAUGGAUGUACAGGUAUCUGUUCAAGUCUCUUUUUAGUUCUUUUGGAUAUAUUCCUAGAGUAUGUCACCUUUUCUCCCUAGACAUGGGUACUUUUAAAAAUAUCUGUCAUUUUGAAACAUCAGUGCCAAAAGACAAUACUAUAUUGAGAUUUUGACCAAACAUUACUAGCAUGAAUUGCACAGUCUCAAGACCCCCAUCCGUGGUAUGGAUUCCCAGUCAGUUUGGUCUCAAGAAACAUCAUUUGUAAUUAUUGAGUAAAGUCAUUCUAAACCCCUAUGCCUCGGUGUAAUACCUCACUCUCCCUUAUUGAGGUGUCAUGAGUAUAAGGGCCAUGUGAAGUAUUUGUCCCUUCUUAAAAGAUAGGCACACUGAUUCAAUCAGUGAAAGGCUUUAAAAGGAGAAUGGAAGAAGGAACUCCAUCUGUGGACAGCAGCUUUAGCAAGUGCCAGAGACUUCCAGCCCUGCCCUUCCUGAAAGCUUAUCCUACAGAUUUGGAAUCCCUCUGGCCAGCCCCCAUAAUUGCCUAGCCAAUUCUUUUUAAUAAAUCUCUUUUUAUUUAUAUAUAUGUUUUUAAAAGAUAGGCACAGGAUUUAGACUAGAAUACAAAAUGUGAUUUGGGACCCCAGUAUUUUUGAUGCUUCCAAGUAACCUGAACAGGAAAUUGUACUUUGAGAAGCAAGGUGCUUCAGGCAUCCCAGAGAAUUCUAACCAGAGUUGUGUUUAUGAAUUUAUAAGCUAUGAUUGAAAUUUGAAAACUUUUAAAAAUAUUAACAGCAUGCAUGCAUUUAUAUGAUUUAUUUUUUGGCUGAGUAUUAUCAAAGUGCUUUACCAACAAAUGCUCUCCAUAGUUUCACUGAAGUAGCGACUGAGGCAUGGGGCGAUUAAGCGACUGGCUCAAGAUUACAGAAUGAGCUUUUGACAGCUGAAGAUCUUUUUUAUUCACUGUCCAGAUAUAGCAUAGGCAAUGGUAUUCAGAGCUGCUCUCAUCCUGUUUUUUUCCAGAUGGUUCAGUCCUGUCCUUUUGGGACUUGCCUCCUCCAAGGGUAAGAGGGUACUUCAGGUUCUACAGUUUGUUUAGUCUUUGGUCUCUCUGCAGAGGCUUCCAACAAGUUAACAAGUUACUGCCAAGUGAGACAGAUGGUAAUUUUUAUGGUGUUAACCUUGGAGACUGCUAGGGAGUCUUCUCAGGCUACUCUUUGAAAAGCUAUAAGGUAGUAUCAUCUCUGUCUUAGCUGACUGGCGUAAGAUUGGUGCCAGUAAAUGAUCUCUGUCCUGUUAUUCCUAGUGCUUUCUGGUCUUGGAGUGUCCUGAAGGUGAGGGAUCAGAUUCUGCUCUCAAUUGGCCCAUCCAUACUUUGCCAUAUUUCAAGGAAAACCCCUAUAUAACCUUUCCUGUAUACUGAGAUUAGAGUUUCCCAGCCUAGAGGUCUCUGAAAUGUAGAUGCCUGAAGAAGCACUUAAGUGACACUUGUUAUCCCCCUGCCAUGUCUUUAGGCCUGUAUGCCAGGAAGGGAGUCUUUCAUGAACAGAGACCUCCAAGACUUAGAGAGUAGGGGAAACAGAAUUCAGCCUUCAGGAAUGAAAGAGGCAAGCCUCAAGCAAGGGAAUCAGGAAUCACAGACCAGAGGCAUUAACUUAGAGACAAGUCUUUCAUGGGGGUGAAAUGAAGCUUUUGAUCCGUUUUGUUAAAAUGAUUUGAAAGAUUCAUUAAAGAAUUAAAUGGUUGCUUUCAAGGGAAGGGAAUCCCCAAGAAAUAGAGUAGGGAGUGGCAGCUGUAACCAAAUAUUUAAAUUUGAAAAGAAGGAAAAACAGACUGCAGCCAUGGGACCUUGGGGCAAUUAUGAGGGACAUGGGAACAGCCAAGAUGGUCCCAGAGGCAUAAUCCCUAAGAGGCUUUAACACCUGUCAGCCCUCUCAUUAUGUCUAUUUAGAGGUAAGUAUGAACUGGUUUUGUGUUUGUAGCUUUGGUGUAGAAUCAUUUCUGUCUGCUGAGUGUAAGCCUCUUUUUCAUUAAUUAAGAGUAUCUUAUGUCUCAAGAGUUUUAUUUUAAAUUGCUUAUAUGAUUUUCCAUCUCUUGAGUUGUUUUUGUUUUUGUUUUUGUUUUGUUUAAUCGUUUUUAAUUUGUCGUUGAAUCUUCAUGGAUUUGAGUAUGUCAUCAGGGGAUAGUUGACUCUAUUUUCUUGUGAGACCUUUUAAUUUCAUUUACCCUUAGUGUUAAGUGUCAGAAAAUUGAAAUGCACACAGGUAUGAUUGUGUUUGCCCCCCUUUAUGGAAAGCAGUCAUGUUGAAUGUCAUUUAGUUAUGAUGGAGAUUAUGGUUGUGAUAGUUUGAUCCACAGACUACUUGCGAUUAUGUUGCUUUCUGAAUGGUCCUAUUUUAGAGGAUUAAAGAUUUGUUGCAGCCUAGUAAAAGUGAAAUAGUGUAGCAACUGUAGUUCAUUUUUGAAACAAUUUUGGAUAGUUGAAACAGGUUGGCAGAUAGACCCAUUAAACAUUUACAAAGUAAGACUAAAUUUUAUUUUGAUACAGAAUUCCUCUCCAGUUUCUACAAUUCUGGGAUCUUUUCUUUUAUUGAUCAGUUUUUAGCCUAACCUACUAUUUUCCCCACCCCAGUAUGUAAUGGCUCUUUAGAGAAGGGCUGCUAUCUGAAUUGGGGACAUAGCACUAUGGGCUUGAUUUGAUUUCUUUUUCCUAAGAGGUUCUGUCAACAAAUAGUGUACUUAAUGAGAGAGGGUCUUGAGUUGGAUUUUUGCAACUUAUUAGUAUCAGCACAUGUCAAAUGCAGAGAUGGUAUUUCUUACCAUUUAAUAUUUCUCAUAAGAUGCCAAUAUUCAUGUGGGUAUUUGUCUUCUACAUUACAGAACAUAAUUUGACAAAACUGAUUUUCUGUGCUCCUAGAGAUUUUGUUUCUCAAACUGUUUGGUCUAAUGGACCAUUUCUUUCCAUUGAUAUUUAAGAAGCAAUAGAACAUGACGGAGUAUGGAUUUUAGAUUGAGGCCUGGAUUUGAAGAACCCAAGUGUUUGGAUAUCCUUGGCAAGUUCCUUAUCUCUCUAAGUUUUAGUUUCUUCAUCUGUGAAAUGACAGUAAACCUCAGAGUUGAGAAAAUUGAAUGCUUUGUUUGCAAAGCAUUUAGUAUAAUGCUUGACCCAUAGUAAGACAUUCCCAAAAAAAAGGUGGAAUUUGAAGGAGGAGAGCCCUGGUGGGCUGGAAUAGUCAUGUCAAUAAUGGUUUGGAAUUAACAAAAUCAAAUCAGGUCUUAUGUUUACCGUCUGCAGAACACUUUUCUUGUUGCUGCUGUAAUCCUCAUAUAGUUGGAAUUCUGUGAAGCUAGUAUUCUUGAUUUCUAAUCCAUUUUGUGCCCACCAUUUAUGCAUUGUUUUGUUUUGUUUUGUUUUGUUUGGUCCCAAUCACCAUCCCUUGCAAAACUAAUUAAAUGCAUUCUUAAAAACAUUAUAUUGUCAAUAUCCAUUCAAACCCACCACCUCUAGGCCCAGCUUUCUAUCUACUCUGAAGGUCUAGUUUUUGCUGGACCUUGGAACCAAAUAUAGACUCCAGGGGUUGAUAUGGGGCCUCCAGAAUGGGGAUUGCACAGAAUAAUCUUAUUUUUCCUCUGUUCUUCCAGUCCGUUAUGUUCUGAACCCACACAUGUUUUCGGAAGGACCAGAUGGCUGGCACUGACUAAUGGGAACCAAAAGACAAGAGUGAAAGUAACCUGGUUGUCACAUGUCCCCCCCUACUUAGAGGUGCUUCACCCUGCCCCAAGAUCAAUUUCCUUUUUCCCUGGAGCCUUCACCCUAUUGUAUCAAAAAAAAAAAAAAAAAAAACUUUUUAACACAAUCUGCCCUGACUGAGGUUAGAUUAUCAUUAAGUCAAGCAGUUUCAUUUGUUGAAUAAAAAGAUUGUACUCAGGAUUGUAGUACGGAAGGAGUAGCAUCUGCCUUUACAAAGGCAGCAUAGCCUAUGGUUUAGAGCUUGGGUUUUAGAGUCAGAUGGAUCUGGGUUUAAAUCUAGGUCUGUCACUUUUGAGCUCCUUGACAGUGAGCAAGUUGGCUAGCCUCUCCAAGCCUCAGUUUUCUCAUUUGUAAAAUAGAAAUAGUAACAGUACAUUCUUUACAUGUGUUAUAGGGAAUGAUUGAGACAUAAAUAAAUUAUUUAAUGUGUGCCAGGCACUAUGCUAAAUACCCAAUAAAUAGUAGCCUUUGUUAUUAUUAAGGAGCUCAUAAUCAAAUGAGAGGAUAAGCACACAUACACAAAAGAACAAGGCUUGAAAUGCCAUAAAUAUAAUACAAAAAUUGGAGUGCUAUAGCUAAAAUGACUGGAGUCGGGUUUCUGAGGCUUCAUGAAAGAGGUCAUUCCUCAAGCAUUUGGAAGAAAAUUGAUUUGAUUCACCCUGAGUAGUCAAGGUAUUUCUGGUUUAGAGAAUGGCAUAAACAAAGAUACCUAGGAGUCAGUAUAGACCUUUGAGCAAAGGAAUGAUAUAGCAGCUGACUUCCCGUGCUACAUAUAAAGAGAAAAAAUGACUAAGUAAAAAUAGCACAGCCUAGAAUUAAGUAAGUUGAUCAGAUAAGUAGAGACAGCCUUACAGAAUGAGAAGAAUGUAGAACUUGGCAACAGAAUGAAUGGGCAACCAGAGAUAAGUAGUCAAAGGCAAUUACCAGAUUGUUGGGAGUGAAUUAGAUGGUCAGGGGAUCCAUAAGAGAAAUCAUGAGGUAGGUUUUCUUCUUUGAAGGUGGGGAAAAAUCAAGUGCAGACUGAGCUGUGGCCAACGUUUGCAGACCAGGAAUCCACACUAGCUCUAAUCAGAGAGCUCUUGGUAUGCAGGAACUGCCAGUUUGCCGACGUGAAAAGAGCCCCAGACUGGGUUAUGGUGAGCCCUGAAGUCGCACCCCAGCUCUGCCACUCAUGAGCACGGCAACAUCCCUAAUCCUGACCAGCCAUGGAGAGGUUCGGUUCUUACAAGGAAAAUGAGUGAAUGUGGGAAUGGCUCACCAUUUGGGAAAACAAAACUCACAUCCUGCUGAUGGUGGCUGAGGACUGUCAUGUCCACAUACAAAGAAAAGCAUGUGGCACAGUUUUAGGACAAAGAUAUGGUUUUGUGGAGUUUGAUGAUCUGCGAGAUGCAGAUGAUGCUGUUUAUGAACUAAAUGGCAAAGACCUUUGUGGUGAGCGAGUAAUUGUUGAGCAUGCCCGUGGCCCACGUCGAGAUGGCAGUUACGGUUCUGGACGCAGUGGAUAUGGUUAUAGAAGAAGUGGCCGAGAUAAAUAUGGCCCUCCUACCCGCACUGAGUACAGACUUAUUGUGGAAAAUUUGUCAAGUCGGUGCAGCUGGCAAGACCUAAAGGAUUAUAUGCGUCAGGCGGGAGAAGUGACCUAUGCAGAUGCUCAUAAGGGGCGCAAAAAUGAAGGGGUGAUUGAAUUUGUGUCUUAUUCUGAUAUGAAAAGAGCUUUGGAAAAGUUGGAUGGAACUGAAGUCAAUGGCAGAAAAAUCAGAUUAGUUGAAGACAAGCCAGGUUCUCGAAGACGCCGGUCCUACUCCAGGAGCCGGAGUCAUUCAAGGUCUCGGUCUCGAAGCAGACAUUCCCGUAAGAGCAGAAGCCGAAGUGGCAGCAGCAAAAGCAGUCACUCUAAGAGUAGAUCCCGAUCCAGGUCGGGCUCCCAUUCCCGGAGCAAGAGCCGCAGCCGGAGCCAGAGCCGCAGCCGGAGCAAGAAGGAGAAGAGCAGGAGCCCCAGUAAGGAUGACAAGAGCCGCAGCCGCAGCCGCAGUGCAGACAAGAGCCACAGCAAGAGCAAAGACCAAGCCGAAGAGAAGAUCCAGAACAAUGACAGCGCUGGGAAAUCCAAGAGCCAAAGUCCCAGUAGGCAUAAAAGUAAGAGUAAAAGUAGGAGCAGGAGUCAAGAGAGGAGAGUGGAGGAGGAGAAGCGAGGGAGUGUGAGCAGAAGUAGAAGCAAGGAGAAGAGCAGGAGUCAGGAGAAAAACCCCCUCAAGAGUAGGAGCAGAAGUAGGAGCAGGAGCAAGGGAGGCAGCAGAAGCCGAAGCCGGAGUCGUAGCAAAAGCAAAGACAAGAGGAAGGGAAGGAAGAGAAGCAGGGAGGAGAGCCGCAGUCGGAGCCGCAGCCACAGCAAGAGCGAGAGGAGCAGGAAACGGGGUGGCAAGCGAGACAGCAAGUCAGGGAGUAGCAAGAAGAAGAAGAAGGAAGACACUGACCGUUCCCAGUCCCGAUCGCGAUCCCGCUCAGUGUCAAAGGAGCGGGAACACGCCAAGCCUGAGUCUGGCCAGAGGGAAGGCCAAGGGGAGAGUGAGGAUACAGGCACCAACCAGGAGACCCGGUCCAGGUCCAGGUCCAAUUCCAAAUCAAAACCAAAUCCGCCGUCAGAAUCACGCUCCAGAUCAAAGUCAGCCUCUAAAACCCGGUCUCGGUCCAAGUCUAGAUCCAGGUCAGCUUCCAGAUCACCCUCCCGAUCUAGAUCGAGGUCCCACUCACGGUCCUAACUGGCUACAACCAUGGUCGGAACUACCCGAGAAGUCUUUUGUACAUGUUUGGUAGCCGUAGCACAAGUGAUUGAGUUAGAACACGUCACUGCUGUACAUUUUUAACUCCCCUAAUGGUGUGUCUAUAAUUGUUAAAUCUAAGUGCUUCCUCUCCAUAAAGCCUCCGGGCGCCAGGCCUUCCUGCUCGACUGAAAAAAAAUCUCUUUGAAAAAAAAACCCCUAUACUCAUGGCCCACAGUAGAAUAUCCAAAAUGCCUCGGCUUUCAGGCCUGGCUUUUCCUACAGGGAGCUCAGUACCUGGACAGCUUUAAGGCUGGAAUGAUGAAAUAGGUAGGUAUGGUGAGUUCGACCGUUUUUGCCCUUGAAUUGAUGCCCUUUAAUGUAUGCCAUUUAGUAAAAGUGCUAAGUCUUAAAGUUUGCUACCACCUUGGUUUCAUAUUUUGGACUUAACAAAGUUGUGAAUAGCACAGUCGAGGGAAAUUGAUAACCUGCAGUAACCCAUAGGAAAUAAAUUGUAGAGUUCCAUAUUCUGGUAUUGUGGUUAUAUUGUUUUAUAUUAAAAAAAGAAAAGAAUUUUUUUUUUAAUUUUAUUUUUCCCCGUCUUGCAAAGUAUAGUGACCCCUGUUUCCAUUAAAUUUGAAUAAAGACUAUUUUUGCUUGACAAAAUUUCA